AUGGCUCCUCAUGCUGAACCCGAGGCGGUCACAGACACUUCGACCUUCGUGGUGGACGACCCUGUCCUCGCCAAUGGCGAAACACAUUCAGUCUUUACCGUCGACCAUGUCCUGCCACAUCGCCAGAAGACAGGACCUCCGCCCACGACAGUGGCUGCCUUUUCGAGUGCGGAUAUGUUCAAAAGUAAAGGGUGCUUCCGAAAACCGGCGGCCAACCGGUGGGAUCACCGUCUCUCGACCGAGAGCAAGGCCCGACAAGCUUCCUCGUUGAAGGGUGCUAUGAAGUAUUUUCGGCCCGAGACCAUCAGCCUCUGCGGCGGACUGCCUUCGAGUGACUAUUUCCCCUUUGAGGAGCUCAGCGCCAAAGUGCCCGUGUCGCCUGAAUUCUCGGAAGCUGAGACACACGAGUCAGGCCAGGUCUUUUCGACCGGCAAGCACGACGCUCGCCAGGGGAAAUCCCUCCUCGAUCUCUCGAUUGCCCUCAAUUACGGCCAGUCGAUGGGUCCGGGAGCCCUCGUGCGCUUCCUCACCGAACACACGGAGAUCGUCCACAACCCUCCAUACUCGGAUUGGGACGUCUGCAUGACGACCGGCAGCACCUCCGCGUUGGAAAUGGCGUUCCGGAUGUUUACCGAGAGAGGGCACUACGUCAUCACCGAGGAGUACACGUUCAGCAGUGCCAUUGAAACGGUGGCUCCGUUGGGGUGUAAAAUGCUGGGGAUCAAGAUGGACGCGGACGGAAUGCUGCCCGAUGAUCUGGACCACGUUUUAUCUGCCUGGGAUGAAAAUGCGAGAAGGGCACCAAAGCCGUUUCUCGUCUAUACCGUGCCGACGGGACAGAAUCCGACCGCCUCCACACAGUCGCUGGAGCGGAGGAAACAAAUCUACGCCGUGGCCGAGAAACACGACCUGUAUAUCGUCGAAGACGAGCCGUACUACUUUUUGCAGAUGGAACCCUUUGUCUCGGGCCACACACACCGCGUGCCCAAACCAUUCCAACCGGUCCCCGUGGCGGAUUUCCUCAAGAAUCUCGUGCCUUCGUUCCUCUCGCUCGACACCUCCGGGCGCGUUUUGCGGCUUGAUUCAUUUUCCAAGAUUAUCGCCCCGGGCAGUCGGUGCGGGUGGGUGACGGGAUCCGCGCAGGUGAUUGAGCGACUGAUGCGACACAAUGAAGUCAGCGCGCAGAACCCGGCGGGCUUCGCCAUGAUCCACUUGUACAACCUGCUCGAGGAGAACUGGGGCCAUCGCGGGUUUUUGGAGUGGCUCAUGUUCAUCCGCGCGGAGUACACGCGCCGCCGGGACAUUAUCGUCAACGCGUGCGAACAACAUCUGCCCCGGAGGAUAUGUACUUGGACACCGCCCAAGGCGGGCAUGUUUCAUUGGAUCAACGUCGACAUUACGAAACACCCGCUCUAUCAAUCGCGACGCAACGCCGAGGGGCGAGUUGAUUAUGCCACACUGCUGGAAAUCGAAGACGCCGUCUUCCUCGCCGCCGCGGACCAGAACGUCCUCAUCGCAAAGGGAUCCUGGUUCCGUGCCCAGCGCGGCACGGAUACACAGUUGUUCUGCCGCACGACGUUCGCGGCCGCGCCCGCGGACAAGAUAGUCGAGGCGAUCGGUCGGUUUGGAAACGCUCUGAGGAAGGAGUUUGGUCUGGACGUGGGUGACUCUGAGGGGGAUAAGCAGUUGAAUGGGAAUGGGCAUGUGAGGUGA